AUGUCGGAAGCAGAGGAGAAUACAAGAGAAGAAACGGGAAAGUACGGAGAGGAUGAAGAAGGGGAGGAGAAGCCUAAUGUUACUAACGUGCAGUCGCUAGUGCAGGUGCCAGCUAAAGCUACUGUAUUUAUGGAUAGUGCUAAGCCAGCCACAUUCUACUUUCAUGUGGCGGCCGUGGCGACUAAUUUUAGACUCGUUGAAGGUGGAAUGGAAUGCAGCCAAAUCGCAUCGGCUCAAAGCCAAUGCCAUGUUUAUGCGUGCUUUGAUGCAAAAAUUUGCAGUAGCAGUAGCGGUGAGUUUGUUACGCUAUCACACGCCCUACCUCCUGCCGCAUCACUGUUGCUUGGAUGCAUGUUGCUGACAAGAAAAGAGUAG